AUGGUUUUCGAUUUCUGGAAAAACGGAAUUAACAAAUUAACUUACCAAGUUAACGACGACGGAAAAGUUGAAAAACACGACGCCCCUCUGUUUACUGUUACCCUCUUCUUCUUCUUCUUCUUCUUCUUUUUCUUCUUCUCCUUCUCCUUCUAGGAUAAUUCGUACCAUAUUUCUCCCUGCAACAACGACGCGGGUUUUGGUUUUUCCCCAACCGGAAAACGCAGACGUUUUGCUCUCUCCCUCUCUCUCUCAAAUUACAUGCGACUCGGUUCGUAUCACAAUUUUCAGCAAUUCGAUCAUAUUCUGAAGUGCGGUGGAGUUGUUUACCUGAGCCUAAUGACUUGGAUAAUGCUUGUCAAAAAUGUUUUUGUCGAUGCUCUUGGGCUAAUUGAAUUAAUGGAAAACUACACCCUUUGUGGCUUUUCAGGUGUGCUCUGUAACUAGUUUGGUGUUGGACAUCAAGAUGGGAUCUUGCGCAAGCAAGGGUAAAACUGAAGAAGACGAUUAUGAAGAUAAAAUUGAGUUUACUGGUGCGAAUGUGCACCUCAUCACCACUACCGAAGCUUGGGAUCAAAAGAUGGAAGAAGCAAAAAAGGAUGGCAAAGUUGUGAUUGCAAACUUCAGUGCAACAUGGUGCGGCCCUUGCAAAAUAAUUGCACCACUAUACCGCGAGUUAUCUGAGCAAUACACUUCUCUAAUGUUCCUUGUGGUCGAUGUUGAUGAAUUGACUGACUUCAGCACUUCAUGGGACAUCAAAGCCACUCCUACUUUCUUCUUCCUUCGGGAUGGGCAGCAAAUCGACAAGCUGGUGGGUGCCAACAAGCCAGAGUUGCAGAAGAAGAUAGUUUCCGUUGUAGAGUCGAUUGAAACGUGUGAAAAAUAGUGGUUUCUAUGUAUUUUGCAAGAUUGUUCACUACCUCCCUUUACAUGUCGUGGGUUGCCGGAUACGCUUGGCGUGAUUUUUUUUUUUUUUUUUUUUUAAUGUAAUUUUUUUUGGGAUUGUAAAUACGACCAAUCGUCUGAACAUCUUUCGAGAUUGAAAAUCUAAGAUCCUUUUUACAUCAGAAAGCAAUUUCAAA